GGAGGAGGCCUCGUAGGCACCGACCACACAGCCAGCCAGCGAGCCGCGACCGCACGACGAUCACCCGGAUUUGAUCCGAAGAGAUUAAUUCUCGGGUGUGGUGCUAUCGAGAGUUUGCAGCAGCUGGGGUGGAGUGGUUGGUGACUUUGUGGAGUGGAAAUUGUAGUCUUGUGGUGCCAUUGGAGGUUUCUGAUAUCGCCACUGGGAUUUGGCUGAAAUUUGGUGAGCGCGAAGCGAGGAGUGGGGAGGGAGGUAAGGGGAGUGAGAUUUGAAGGAAGGGAAAAAGCUUAGGAGGCAGCGGCAAUGUCAGCGGGAUGCGCUAUGGCCAGCGUGUCUCUUUCUUCUCGGGUUGUCCCUACCGUGGUGGAGGCGAGACCAGUCCACUCUUCCAGUCGCCAGGCUUGGAGCAGGGUUAUAUGUGGAUCCGGUGCCUUUGAUUUUCGGCAACGAUUAUGGGCCCCUUUCUUGAGUACUUCUUCUUCUUCUUUUAGCUCGAGAAAAUCGACAGUUCACGUUGCUGCAAGUUCCACAGAGAAGAUUUUCAAAACAACUGUGGAAAUCGAUCGUCUUAUUGACAACCUUCGGAGUACUGAAUAUCAUAAUAUGGCACAGCUAGUGGCAGAGAACGUCUUAGCAUUCGAUGCCCCCUUUUGGCUCCGUCUCGCUGCUCGGGCUGACCUGUGCACAUCAGAUGACGACAGAGGAGAGUACGAAGAACUGGCUUCUCAAAUAAUGAGCAUCGUCGAGCGGAUUGUGAGUAAGACCAAGGAGAAAAUUGAGUCCUCCACAGAUGUGUUGAAAGCUAUCAUUAAGCCUUUGACGGAAGAUGAUAACGAAAUCGUUUGGCCACCAAGGAAUGAAGCGUCGCUUAUUGAAAUGCGCAAGGAAGUCGAAAAAAGGGAGUUGGAGAACUUCUUGGAUGAAAGUUUUCUGUCUGAAGUCAGUGCGCAAUUACGACAAGCUAAGGAGGAUAAAGAUAAACCUGGACUGGUAGCUAUCCUUCAGAAAGUUCUACAGCUCUACGCAGCUUGCUUACUUUCUAAGCGCAGCUACGCUAUGAAAGAUGGUGUUGUCGAUAAAGCUGAAGAGCUGCUUGAGAAAGUAAUGGAUGUGGACGAGGACAAAUGGAAUGAUCUUUUGAGGAACGGAUUCACUUACGGUGGCGGUGAGGUUCCAUCGGAAGACUUUUUCAAGGCAGUAGAUAGAAGAAUAGAACGGACACUGAUGAGGACUGAAAACGGAUCAUAUCAGCAACGAGUUUUGGCCGAGUAUAUCAGAGAAAUAGAAGCACGAGCUGAAUCUCUUAUAGCAGCCUUCCAAUCAUCUCCUUCAUCCAGAUAGACUCCGUACUGUUAUUUACUUCACGUGACAUGAAGACCAAUCAAUUUUGCACAGCAUUAUUCGAAAUUCCGGGCUCUCAGAAUAGUUUAGUAGGCCCAAGUUCUGAUCAGAAGCUGUGGACCAAUUCUCUUGGCCACCAUGCGCUGCAGCACAAUCUUUCAUACUUAGUAUGAGGUUUCAGAUUUUUUCUGAUGGAUACGUUUCCUAAUUUCCAAGCUGGACUAUGCUUUUACAGCUAGCAUGUAUUAUUAGCUGUUUUUCUUAUUCUUUAAAGAUCAAUUUCCUUUACCCUAGUAAAGACACAUUGGAAUUUGCCAUGUUAUCAAUCAAGUGAAGCAUUUCGCA